GAUCUCCGGUCCGGUUCUCAUCCCGUGGCGUUUCGUGAAGGAUCGCAGACCCUCUCCGUCUCCGAUCCAUUUCCCCACGCCAGAGAUCGAAGGAGUGGCGAGGGGAAGAGGAGGAGGAGACUAUGGCCUCCGCCGAUCUGAUCAGAUCUUGUAUCGACUCCAUUCGCCAGAUUUCAGAUCAACUUGCAGACUCCAUUCUUUAUCUUGAUGCGGGUUGUCUAGAGGCUUUCCAUUUCAUUGGAGCAUUCCCAGUUUUAUUGGAACUUGGAGUGCAUGCUGUUUGCAGCUUAGAAAAUGCAUCUCCACUUGAUAUGACUACGAGUUGGAACUCAAUGUUUGUGGGUCCUACAAGGAAGGUUGUAAUUAUUACCUCACGUCUCCUUAGUGAUGCACAUCGGUACAUAUUACGUUGCUUGGGUACCAACAGAACUGUUCUUCGAUGUAUUAUUUUUACUUCUAUCUCAGAGAUUGCUCAUUCAGCAUACAUCGAUUCACCUCUUGGGCCUGAUGCCUUUAAUGAAUAUGAGUCAUUGCUUAUUCAAGACUAUGAAGAGCUCUUGAAAAAAUCUGGAAAAAGGGGACUUCACUUUCAUCAAGAGAGAGAAGCAGAGGCUUCUGAAAAUGAUGGUUGGGCAGAUCUUGCUUCUGGUGCAAGUUAUCAAUCUGUUGAAGCUAGCUCCAAAGGAGACAUAUAUGCUGAUGAUUUGGUCAAUGUUACAGGAAAACAAGAGUCCAAAAAGUUGCUCGUUUCUGUUCAUCACUUCCCAAUGAUCUUGUGUCCUCUUUCCCCUCGAGUCUUUGUUUUGCCUUCAGAAGGAACAGUUGCAGAAGCAUGCUUGUCAAAUGACUCUGAUGAUUCUGUUAGUCCUGGAUUGCCCUCUAUUUCUACUGGAUUACCUUCUGAUGGUGAAGAUGUUCCUCCUGGUGCAACACUUACUGCUAAUUUCCUUUACCAUCUUGCAGCAAAGAUGGAUUUGAAGAUGGAAAUAUUUUCUCUAGGAGAUACAUCAAGACUCAUUGGCAAGAUGUUGAUGGACAUGUCAAGUCUGUAUGAUGUAGGUCGGCGUAAUAAAAGAUCAGCUGGUUUGUUACUUAUUGAUCGCACCCUUGAUCUUCUUACACCCUGCUGCCAUGGUGACUCAUUUCUCGAUCGACUGUUUUGCUCUUUGCCUCGUAGAGAGAGGAUCUCAUCUUCUUUACCAGCUAAAAGCUCCCCAGCACCAAAACUAGGUACCCACAUUAAAGUUCAACGUGCACCACUUGAUAUACGGAUUCCAUUUGGAACUAUUUUCAGUACAGAUGAACAUGCAACGAACAGCACUCAGCUAUCUGAAGGAAUUGGAGCUUUUAUAUCAGGCUGGAACGCUGGUGCAAUUGUCAACGAAUCUUCUGAUCAUGCCGACAAAAUUAUCACUAGUGCGUUAGAUAAUGGAUAUAGUUUGCUGAGUGGAUCAUUUCAAUCUAAUUGUGCAGGAGCAAACUAUCUUGAAACCUUGCUUGAUAGAAGGGCAAAAGAUGGGGCAAUUCUAAUAAAGAAAUGGCUCUUGGAAACUCUGCAGCAUGAGAACAUAAAUGUUAAUCUAAAAGGUCGGCCAGGUCUUUUAUCUGCUUCAGAGAUUCAUGCUAUGCUUAAAAGACUGGCUCAAAAUCAGAUGUCUUUAAUUCAAAACAAGGGCAUCAUUCAAUUAGUGUUAGCUGCUGUACUUGCCCUUAGUGAGCCUCAUAACUCCCACUGGGAUGCCUUUGUUAAUGCUGAGAAGAUAUUGUCUAUAACUUCUCUAGACACUAGUCAAAGCCUUUCAAGUCAAAUUCGUGAUUUUAUCAAUACGAGUACUUCAGUAAGAUCUAAUGAACAAGAUAGAAGGGUCCGACCAUCUCAGAAUCUUCUCUCUUUUCAAGAUGCACUGCUUCUGUCAAUGAUCGGGUAUAUUCUAGCUGGGGAAAGCUUUCCGACAUCUGCAUCUAGUGGACCUUUUUCUUGGGAAGAGGAGCAUUCCCUUAAAGAAGCUAUAGUGGAUGCAGUUACGGAAAAUCCAUCAUCUGCAAAGCUUCAGUUCCUCCAUGGUCUAUGUAAUGAACUUGAAGCCAAGUUGAAUGAGCAGGAAGAUUCAGCCAAGCCACCAAAAGUUGAUGCCUUUGAUGAUCAGUGGGGUAGCUGGGAUGAUGAAGAAGCAGAUGAUCAAAAUGAACAAGCAUAUGGUGACAUGCAGCUUAAACUAGAGUUGCGAGAUAGGGUCGAUCAACUAUUCAAAUUCUUUAAUAAGUUAUCUAGUUUGAAGAGGAGAAACUUAACUCUCCGAGAAGGGUUGGUUGCAUCAAGUAAAUAUGGCAGUGAUGCGGACACACGGAAGGGUUUGCUUUAUAAGCUUCUAACAACUUUGUUGGCGAAGUAUGAUGUUCCUGGACUUGAGUACCAUUCAUCUGCAGUAGGGCGGUUUUUGAAGAGUGGGUUUGGUAGAUUUGGCCUUGGACAGGCUAAACCAAGUUUUGGAGAUCAAAGUGUUCUUCUUGUUUUUGUUGUGGGGGGCAUUAAUAAUCUUGAGAUUCGGGAAGCUAUGGAAGCAGUUGCAGAAUAUGGUAGGCCCGACAUAGAGCUGAUUGUUGGUGGUACAACUUUGCUGACACCAAGUGAUAUGUUUGAUCUUCUCUUGGGCUCUUCCAGCUACAUUUGACAUUGUCUAAGGGCUUCAAAAUUCAAAAUUAGAAGUCCAUUUCUCUCAUUUGAGAUGACAAAUUCACAUGCUAGUCUUCUGGACAAAGCGUGUAGGCUGUCAUCUCUUAAAGCAGAAGUAGUUGCUGUUCCUUUGACUAAUUAUACAGAGUAAGCUUCCUUUUUUCUACUAACCUUUGCGCACACCACCUGUAGAAAAGUUUGAUGGAUAUAUAAUAGGAUGAUUCCACAGAGAGUUUUGUUUGUUUAAGUCAAGAUUCAGGGAGAAAGAUGCCAUGGGUAUCGAACAAGCUGGCAGAGAAACCUGAUUUCAGAUAAAGCUGCGGCCAUAGAGAACGCUCGAGAGGAAAGAAAUCAUGCUGACAUUCAGAUGUUGGUUUAGCGAAACCCGUCUGCAAAGCAAGCUGGCAAAAUCAUGAACCAAGAAAAUUGCUAUCCGGUUGGAAACCUUUUUUGUGGGAACUUGAUUGGUUUUUCCUGGUUCUUCAUGAAUGUAAAGGUUUUGGCACUAUCCCUGCUUCAUCUAGUAUUGCACUAAAUGGUGGAUUGUGGGAGCUCGUGAGGGAUCACCAAACACUUGUAUCAACUUCAAGUGCUGUUUAGGUCAAAUAACCGACUGCAUUGUUCAAUCUCAUGCUUUGAGUUUACUGCUUUUCUUGGUUAGCAGCUUAAAGUUGGUUGUAACUUUUUGAUUUCUGUAGAACCAUUUGUCUUGAGCCUCAUUAGUUUGAUUUGUUCUUAAUAGAUAUUUAUCAUGGGAA